AUGAGCGACGAGGCUCCCCCGCGGAAGAAGGCGCGCACUGAAGGCCCGGAGCCCCGCGUCCUUGCCAUCCUCGGCCUUGGGAAUCCCGAGGGCGUCGGCCGAAGGGAGCGGCACAGUUUGGGCGCCCGAAUUGUGGCGGCCCUCCUGGCCGAAGCCGAGUCGGUGGAGAAGGUGGAGUCCGACUGCCCGGACCUCGUGGGGGCCCAGUGGCUGGACUUUGGGGAGGUCCGGGCGCUCGUGCUGCAACCCCAGCGUCCGAUCAAUGACAGUGGCCCCCAGCUCCUUGCCGCGCUCAGCUCCUUGAACCAAGAGUCCGCCCCCUUUCUCGCGGUCGUGGAUGACUGCUGGCUGCCCCUGGGGUCGAUCCGCUUUCGCGAGAAGGGCUCCAGCGGAGGCCACAAGGGCUUGGAAGGAAUCGAGUCGGCUUUCUCUUGCAAGCAGGCAUAUCACCGGCUUCGUGUGGGCAUCGGCGGCAAGAACUCCAAGGAGUUCGUCACUGGUGCUUUCACAGAGAGCGAGGAGGAGAAACUCAAGCCGGUGCUGACUGCCGCCGUCCGUGCCGUGCAGGCUUGGCUGCAAAUGGGGCCUGAGGCAGCUCAAAGGAUAAUGAGCAUUGUCAACGCCCAGAGCUUUGUGCAGAAUCCUGUGCUGCCAGUGGUGACUUCAAAGAAAUCAGGUCCCGUUGCCGCAGCGUCCAAAACGGAAGCCUAG